GUUCAGCGCUCGUGGCUACCGGUUCGCACGGUUUUCUCGGGACGUGAAAUUCUUUCUUUCUAGUCCAGUGGGCGGGGGUGUUUUUCGGAAAGUGGAUAGGAAGUUCGUAGGCGUUGGCCACGGUGGGCGUCACCACCCCGUACGGGGGACAGCACCCUGUACAGCGGGUUCCGGCCUCCCAAACGAUGUCCCACGCCGGCCAACUUCCGGACGGAGGAGCGACCCCCACGCCAGCAAAGCGACACCUGAGUGAGAGCAGCUCCGGCGAGUUCGCACACACAACAUCAAUGCUACAAGACGACGAAGGGGCCAUGGACGGCAGCGUUCUCGGUAGCAAGGAGGACGGCGACUUCACAACAGUCAACAGAAAGAAAAAGAGGACUCGACACGAAGGAUCUCAACGGAGCCAAGACGAUGUGUGCCUCUGGGUGGCAGGAAUAUACACAACACAGAUACACCGGAGCAUACAAGACGCCACGCAAGCAGUAGACGAGUUUUUGGCUGAAUCGGGGUUGUCCCUGUCAAAGAGCAAGACCGUCUGGAUGCCGGUACGGGGGAAUGGAAGAAGGUUUCAACCGCCAAGCAUCGUGUUAGCGGGGGAGAACGUCACAAAGGUCACCAAGCAGAGGUUCCUGGGAAUCGUCAUCACAAGCAGGUUGAGAUGGGCACAAGCCGUAAAAGCGACAUCGGAAACAUGCAGGCCUGCCAUGAACGCUGUUCGCCGUAUGACUGGAACCGCGUGGGGAUGCACGGAGCGGACCAUCACAGCUGCCCACACGGCGCUUGUAACGUCAAGGGUAAUGUAUAGACUCCCAUACAUGGCCCCAUCUCGGACGGACCUGGAGAGGAUGGAACAACGACAUCGGCAUGGACUACGAACAGCACUGGGGAUUCCCAACGCUGCCAGGAACGACGCGGUCCUUCUGGAGGCGGGGACAGAGUCGCUCGCAAGACAGGCCAAAGGAAGGAGACUUCACCAGCUGGCGCGAUUAUCUAUGACCCACCCGGGCAGAUGGUUCCUACAUCGAGUCCAGGCCCGGAUGAAAUCGCUAUGGAGCGAGGCGGUAGAAGAUUUCCACAAUGUCACGGACCCACUACCGACGAGGACGGACGAAGCAAGGAUGGCUCCAUGGGACGUAAUCAAGGUGUCCAGUGACGUAAGAAUCAAGCACCUGCGUUCCAAGAAAGAUAGGCCAGGCAUCGCUAUCAGAGCAGCAGUUGAAGCACACUUGGAAGAACACCAUAGGGGAAAGCUUCGAAUAUACACGGACGGGUCCGUAAACAAAGCAAGAACCUCCAGCACUGCGGCCUACUGCAUACCAGAGAAAGGCUGGGAGUGGGGCGGGAGACUUCAAACACCCACAUCUUCCACGGUGGCCGAACUGGUGGCCAUCGAUAAAGCCCUCCAAGCUGCCACCCUAUUGCCACCACAGGGAAUGGUGGUGCUCACCGACUCGAGAUGCGCCCUUCAGAAGAUUGCGAAUGCAGAGUGCGGGGACCCAGCAACGACCGCCGUAAGAAAGUCACUAGCAUCGUUGGAAGCACGCGGAUCCACAGCGUGGCUCCAGUGGAUUCCAGGGCAUGCGGGGAUCGAAGGGAAUGAACAGGCAGACAGGCUGGCCGCAGCUGCUCACUUGGAAAUCCCGGCUGUCCCGUCACCGGCAAAUCCGCAACAGGCUGCACUUGACGUCCGCUGGUACCUUUUAAAUGCAAGUAACGAGCCGGCGCUGCCAAAAGGAGCCCUGUCUGGAUUGUCACGGGCGGCAGAGACCCUGGUGCGACGCUUGCGCACAAACACGGCCAACACGAAGGCUUUUCUGGUCAAGAUGGGAAAACGGCGGAUGUCAGAAUGCUCGCAAUGCGACGAGGAAGAGACUGUGCACCACAUUCUCCGCGUCUGCCCGGCAUACGAAGCUCAACGAACGGUGCUGUAUGAACAAAUCGGCAUGGAUAAUCCGGGAGCAACAGUCGAUAUCCUCUUCCCAGAUGGACCUCGAAGGAAGUGCCAGAAAGUGUUCAAGGCGGUGCUGCGCUUCCUGCGGGAUAUUGGCUUGAUCGACCGACUGUAGUUGUAUCUAAAACAUAACAAAAAAAAGUUUUUUUUUUUUUUUUUUUUUUUAACAGCUCUUUAAGAGCUCGUCACCUGCCCAUGCCAGCUAAUUGGGGCUAGGCUAACCUAGGUGACGUAAAACCUAAACGGCGCACCAC